UUAAAAAAAUAUAUAUAUAAAAAAAUUAUUUCAAUCUUUUCAUAUAAAAAAUGCUCUAUGUUAUAAAUAUGCACUAAAAUUAUACAUACAUAUUCUUCUACAUUGAACUGCUGCUGCACAGCCUCAGUUAUUUACUGGAUUCAAGACAAGUGACUAUACCACUGACGGAAAGAACAUUUCUGCAAAGACUAUAAAAAAAGGAGACUGUAAAUCUGGUGAACUAUAAUCUGACAUCAUAUUUUUGUUUACAUCUACGUACUACAUAAAUAAUAUAGAUUGACAGUGAUAACUACAAAGGUCAAGAGACACUCCAAUGCAAUAAAUAAAUAAAUAAAUAAAUAAUAAUCCAACUUAAAAACAAACACCCAUCUUGGCAAUUUUUGGAGCUGGCUGAAGGGUAAGAUGGUGUCCAUGAGCAGCACAGCACUGGGCACGGGCUGUGAUAUUAUUUGAGACAUCGAGUUGGGUUUAGCAGGGUGCUAAUACAACUACACAUCUCCAACCUUAGCACUGGUUGAUUUUUAUCCAGUUCCAAUCUCCAGACUAGCAGGUGUAUAUUUCCCUAAAUCAAAUGACAGGAUUAUAAGAAGAAGGAAAGGGAGAGAACAGGUAGCUGUUACAGGAAGAAUGGCAGACUCUUCUUCUUCUUAGUCUUAGAAUAAAAAGGCAUUUCUACGAUGAAAGACUGUGGCUACAGGGGACGGGAACUACAGUAGCUGGAACAGAGGAAGAUGAGAGGACAAGCUGCAGCCUGAAGAGGACAUACAUCCACCACCCCAACCCUUGCCAGCUGUGGGUAAACCUUCUCAUGCAGAAAAGGGAUAUGUCUGGGGGUUUCUGCUCUCUCCCAGCUGCAGAACCCCUGGGGGUACAGCGCCCUCCCAGGAACCAUGCAUUUGGUACAUGACAUUAGCAUUGGUUUCAAAAUGAAGCUGACUGGAUGGAAGAAACACUGUAUUCUGGUAACUAGCAAGUAUCACUGGGUUGCACCUCAGUAAAACCUCUUGCUGCAGUCUGGAAUCCACAGGUGGACAAGAUUAUGAUAAAAUGAGGCUAUGAAAAUUCAUUAAGCAGAGCACAACCCCAUCACCUGUAUGCUAAAUAAAAUUCAGCAUUCAGAAUUUACAUUUUGAAGCUAAUAGACAGUAAAGCUAAUGCUAUCCAUCCAAACAGCAUAAUUAUAAUCCUAAUUUUGCUACAGACAAAUUUGGUGCAGGCAAACUUGUUCAGUUUUAAGAAGAGCUAUUUUGUGGGGAAGAAGCAGCUAGGUAAGGGUAGGCUCAAGUUCAGCAUUAUCCUUGAAUAGACAAAACCUGGGACCUAUGGAAACCAGCCACAUCAGGUAUAUUCACUUUGUGGCGCCUUUUUCUGUUGUAGGAAUGGAUAAAACAAAUAGUAUUCACCGAGUGUGUUAAAAUGUAGACAAUCUUUAGAAACUGCUCAGAAUUUAAACUGAGUAAGCACAUGAAUACAGAUUGUCAUCACAAUUUUCAUAGCUCAGCACUAGACAAGAAGCAAGUGAAUAGUUUUAUGAAACUACCUGCAGACACUCAGUAAAUUCUCCACCCGAUGUUUAUUAUGUAGAGUAGAACAGACUUCUGCCAAUAGACAAGGUAGAGAUUUGUGUUUGGUGCGUUGGGUAAAUAGAGUUUCUCCAGUUGUAUAGAGACUCUCCCUCAAGCAUGAUGUUCCAUACACCAGAGAAAGAAAAUGUCAGUAAACUUUCUUAGCCUAAUCAUUACUUUCACUAGAUAGACAAUUUUUACUACAAAUCAAGUAAGAUGGAUAAAUAAAUAAAUAAAUAAAAUGGAUUAAUGAUUGGUAAUAAAGAAGUGUAAUAAAGAUAUUAUCAUCAUUAUCAUCAUUUUGGACAAUAAGGGAGAGAUUCAGCAAGCAGUCUGGUCACGGUUUGAAAAUUUGAUUAAACUACAGUAAACCUCUCCCUGACAAGAUCAGCACAACAGUUGAGCUUUAGCCAGCCACAUCAUCAUGUAAAUUGCUUUCAUGAUAAGCCAGUUUAUAAAUUCUCUUUGCAAAGCUCAGCUACUUCACGGAAGUCCUCCUACAGACAGAAAGAUGGCAUUUAAUGGUGCUUGGAAAAUAGACAGAAACGAAAACUAUGAAAAAUUCAUGGAGACCAUGGGUGUUAACAUCAUGAAAAGGAAGUUAGGAGCCCAUGAUAAUCUGAAGAUCACUAUUCAACAAGACGGAAAUAAAUUUCUUGUCAAAGAAUCAAGCAACUUCCGUACCAUCGAUAUUGAAUUCACUCUGGGAGUCAGCUUUGAAUACAGUCUGGCUGAUGGGACUGAACUUACUGGUUCUUGGAACAUGGAAGGAAAUAAACUUGUAGGAACAUUUACAAGAAAAGAUAAUGGAAAGGCACUCACAGCGUACAGAGAAAUCGUCGGCGAUGAACUCGUUCAGACCUACGUGUAUGAAGGAGUUGAAGCCAAGAGAUUCUUCAAAAGGUCCUAAAUUCUUCACCCAGAACAGCACUAGAACUGAAAUCCAAUGAUACAAGGCCAUUUUUCUACAUAUACUCUGUUGUUUUUCCUUUUAUCCCCUCAAAGCACCUCCUAAAUUGUGACCGCUUAGCCCUACUGAAAACAUGUUUACAUUUAGUGUUUUGCCUUGAAUAAACAAAAAUCAAUUACAAUUUGAAACAAA